GGCAAAAUAGACUGAAGGAAAACCAUCUGCUCCAUCCGAGGCUAAUGAAACAGAUUGCAAAUCAGAGAUGGCCACAAAACCAAAGGAGAAGAGAAGCAGGUCUGACAAUGAUGACAAACCAGCUGUUUGUCGGAAAAUGCCAAAGAGAGCUGCUACCUCUUCAGAUUACGAGGACAAAUCUCUUUGCUUAACUGACAAGUCAUCUCUUAUUGAAAAUAAAAGAAAGGCUGUAAUAGAAGAUGAGACUACUGCCAUAAUCUUAACUGCCGGACAAUAUGAUUCUCAACCAAGCCGAAGACUGACAGAAUUCAUCUUUCAUGAUGUUUAUGGGAACCCACGAUCUGUCGAAAUGUUAGAAGUCAGCGACUUGUUCAUUUCAGGACUAAUAUUGCCCCUGGAAGGAAGUUCUGAAAAAGAGAAGGAAAAAGGUGCCAAAUGUGAGGGUUUUGGACGGGUAGAAUCUUGGUCAAUAUCUGGAUAUGAUGAAGGCUCGCCAGUGAUUUGGGUCUCCACUGAGAUUGCAGAUUAUUGUUGUGUUAAACCUGCUAACAACUACAAAAUUAUUAAUCUUUUCUUUGAAAAAGCUCAUGCCUCUGUACAGGUCUACAAAGCAUUGUCAAGGACUUGUGGAGCGAACCCUGAUCUGACUAUUGAUGAACUACUCUCAAGAGUUGUUCGUUCCAUGAGUGAUAGUAAGAAUUUUCCUUUUGGGACAUCUAUCAAGGACUUCAUCAUUUCACAAGGUGAGUUCAUAUAUAAUCAACUCAUUGGUUUGGAUAAAACAUCUAAGCCAAGUGAUCAUCUCUUUAAGGACUUGCCUGUACUCUCUGUCCUUAGAGAUAAGAAUAAGAAACAUGGGAAUAUUGUGGCUCCAAAGGACUCUGCGUCGAGCAGUGUAAGGAAGACAAGUCUGACAACUCGUGAAGAAGAGCAAACCAGUAAGUCCACUUCAUCUGCUAGUGGUACUGAAUGUGAGGAUAUGAAGUAGGCCAGGCUGUUGCAGGAAGAGGAGAACUGGCGAUCAAUCAAACAGAAGAAAACUCGACAACCUGUUGCUUUAUCAAAAAAGUUUUAUAUUAAAAUCAAUGAAGAUGAAAUUGCCAGUGACUAUCCUCUGCCUGCAUAUUAUAAGCCUACUGUUGAAGAAACCGAUGAGUAUAUUAUCUUUGACAGUGAUAUUAAUGUAUUUAAUGCUGAUGAUCUUUCUCAAAGUGUGCUUCAAAAUUGGUCGCUUUACAAGUCAGACUCUCGGUUUAUUUCUUUGGAGCUCCUUCCCAUGAAACCUUGUGCUGAUAUUGAUGUGACAAUCUUUGGGUCAGGGUUCAUGAUGACUGAUGAAGGAACUUUUCAUGAUGUUGAUACUGAUCAAUCUACCUCUGCAGGAGUACAGGAUGUGGAUGGAGUUCCGAUUUAUUUGAGUGCAAUAAAGGAAUGGGUGGUUGAAUUCGGAUCUUCAAUGAUAAUCAUAUCAGUUCCAAUGAAUAUGGCAUGGUAUAGGCUUGGUAAGCUCAAGCAAUAUGCACCAUGGUAUAAACCAGUUCUAAAAACAGCAAGGUUGGCUGUUGCCAUAACUACCUUGCUGAAGGAUCAAGCAAGAGCCUCACGACUCUCAUUUGCAGACGUAAUCAAAAGAGUUUCAGAAUUUAAUCAGAAUCAUCCUGCUUACAUUUCCUCCAAUCCAGCUGCAGUUGAAAGGUAUGUAGUAGUUCAUGGGCAAAUCAUUUUGCAACAACUUGUGGAGUAUCCAGAUGCUACGAUCAGGAAGUGUGCUUUUGUGACUGGUCUUUGCAAUAAAAUGGAGGAAAGACAUCAUACCAAGUGGUUUAUGAAGAAAAAAGUGGAGCUGAAGAAGGAAGCAAAUUUAAAUCCCAGAGCGGUAAUGGAACCAAUGGUAUCAAAAAGGAAAGCAAUGCCUGCAACGACUAAUAAAAUUUUUAGGAUUUGGGGAGAGUUUUACUCAAAUUAUUUGCCUGAAGAUUCAAAGGAGGCAGAUGGUGCUGACAUAAAAGAGGAUGACGAAGUAGAGGAAGAACAAGAAGAAAAUGGAGAGGAAGAUCCUGAAGAGGUUGAAGAGGAACAUAUGCAAGUUGAUGAGAAAAUGGAGGGUUCUCCUUCAGCUGUAAUACUAACUAAAUCACCAAGUUCUGACAAGGAUAUUAAAUGGGAUGGAGAAUUAGUAGGGAAAAUGUGUUCCAGUGAGCCCCUGUAUAAGCAAGCCUUUGUUUGUGGCAACUUGGUUGCUGUUGGUGGCUCUGUGUUGAUGGAAAUUUCAGAUUCUGCUCAACUGCCUCCCAUUUAUUUUGUUGAGUAUAUGUUUGAAAACUCAGAUGCAAGAAAGAUGGUUCAUGGAAGACUGAUGCUUAGAGGAUCACAGACUGUUCUUGCUAAAGCUAGUGAUGAGAGGGAGGUGUUUCUAACUAAUAACUGUAAGGAAUUUGAACUGCGAGAUAUUAAAGAAACUGUCGAGGUUAAAAUCCAAUUUAUUCCUUGGGGACAUCAACAUCGGAAGGCUAACGCUCAUAAUGACAUGAUUGAUAAAGAAAGAGCAGAAGAUAGAAAAUCUAAAGGAUUACCGUUGGAAUAUUAUUGCAAAAUCUUAUACUGGCCGGAUAGAGGUGCUUUCUUUCGUCUCCCAGAAGAUAAUAUGGGACUUGGAAGUGGAGUUUGUCACUCUUGUAAAAUCAAGGAAACUGAGGCGCAGAAGGAGACCUUUAAGUUGGAUUUCUAUGGGAAUAGUUUUACUCUGAACGGAAGUGAGUACCAUGUCCACGAUUUUGUCUACCUAGCACUUCAUUGUUUUACAGCUGAAGAUAGGGAAAGGGAAACAUUUAAGGGUGGGAGAAAUGUGGCGCUGCAGGCAUAUAUUGUUUGUCAGUUACUUGAGAUUGAAGUACCAAAGUCUAAAAAACUUCCUUCUCCUGAAUCUACUAAAGUUAAAGUUCGGAAAUUUUUCAGGCCAGAGGACAUAUCAACAGAGAAAGUAUACUACUCUGACAUUAGAGAAGUUUAUUACAGUGAACAAUUGCUGACGGUUUCCGUUAUUGGAAUAGAGGGCCAGUGCCAAGCCGUAAAGAAGCAUGAUCUUCCAUCUUUGGAUAGUCAAGUUGAGCAUGUCUUCUUCGGUGAAGACUUGUAUGAUCCUGAUAAGGGAACUAUCAAGCAGUUGCCGGCUCAUGUCAAGUUUAGUUUGAUAAAAGAAAGGUUGGUUGAUAGCGCUGCUUACCAAAAGAAAAAAGGGAAAUCUAAAGAGGGAGAGCCAGAUGACGACCUCGGCAAACAAACAGUUGAUCUGCAUAUGGGCCUAGCCACCCUAGAUUUUUUUGCUGGUUGUGGUGGCUUAUCAGAUGGCUUACAACGAGCAGGUGUGUCACAAACCAGGUGGGCUAUAGAGUACGAAGAACCUGCAGGAGAAACAUUUCAGCUUAAUCAUCCAGAGGCUUUUGUGUUCAUUAAAAACUGCAAUGUGAUUCUAAGGGCUAUCAUGUCAGCAUGUGGAGUUGCGGAUGACUGUAUUUCAACCCCUGAAGCUUCUGAGUUAGCUGCAAAACUUGAUGAAAAAGAGAUUAAUAAUUUGCCUAGACCAGGACAAGUGGAAUUUAUCAACGGAGGGCCUCCUUGUCAGGGGUUUUCUGGAAUGAAUAGGUUUAAUCAAAGCCUUUGGAGUAAAGUUCAAUGUGAGAUGAUCUUGGCAUACUUAUCAUUUGCUGAUUACUUCCGCCCUAGAUUUUUCCUUCUGGAGAAUGUGAGGAACUUUGUGUCAUUCAACAAAGGACAAACGUUUCGAUUAACUCUAGCUUCUCUUCUAAAGAUGGGUUAUCAGGUGAGGUUUGGUAUAUUGGAAGCUGGAGCCUAUGGUGUCUCUCAAUCUUGUAAACGUGCACUUAUAUGGGCAGCAUCACCUGAGGAAACACUCCCUGAAUGGCCUGAACCAAUGCAUGUCUUUGCUGGUCCUGAGCUUAAGGUCAAAUUAUCUGGAAAUUCCCAAUAUGCUGCUGUUCGAAGUACAGCUACAGGAGCUCCUUUCCGUUCAAUAACUGUUAGAGAUACAAUUGGAGACCUCCCAGCUGUUGAAAAUGGGGCUUCUGUAACGACAAUGGAAUACACAGGUGAACCUGUUUCUUGGUUUCAAAAGAAAAUUCGAGGGGAUAUGCUGCUCUUAAGUGAUCAAAUUUCAUAGGAAAUGAAUGAGCUGAACUUCAUUAGGUGUCAAAGAAUUCCAAAAGGACCUGGUUCUGAUUGGCGCGAUCUUCCUGAUGAAAAACUAUUGAAAUUUUCCUUGUUUGUCCAGUUGUCCACAGGACAAGUAGUUGAUUUAAUACCCUGGUGCCUGCCAAACACAGCCAAAAGGCAUAAUCAAUGGAAGGGUCUAUUCGGAAGGCUGGAUUGGGAAGGAAACUUUCCAACCUCCAUUACUGAUCCUCAACCGAUGGGCAAGGUUGGAAUGUGUUUUCAACCGGAUCAGGAUAGAAUACUCACAGUACGCGAAUGUGCUUGUUCACAUGGUUUCUCGGAUUGCUACAAAUUUGCAGGCAACAUCCAACACGAGCAUAGGCAGAUUGGAAAUGCUGUGCCCCCGCCUCUGUCAUUUGCAUUGGGAAGAAAACUCAAAGAGGCAGUAGAAAAGAAGCACUCGACACUGUCGUUUUUGUAUUCUUCGCACCCUGGCAAAAGUUGAACAGAUUGAUUACCGGCAGGGUUUGUCAAGUACACAUCCUUCAUAACUACAUAGCCAAAUAUAACGGCAAAUGUAUAAUUUGUUUUUGUUUUUUUAUUUUUUUCAAAGCAAUAUAGCAAUAAAGAACAACAAUCUCAGAAGAAAAUAGUGACCUUAUCAUGAGUUUCUAGUGAAUAGAUCUUUAUAGUGAUCCAUUGUUUUCUCCUGUAAGAUUGAAUAUUGUUGUAGCUGCCCUGAUUGAUAAAAACUUUGAUGGAAAAAGAUCUAAUAUUUGUAUAUAAAGAUUUA